UGUCAGGGAAGGAAGGGAGACAGGACUCUGGAGGUUGCGGGCACGAUGCUGCAGGUCCUGGUGGGGGCUGUCUUCCCUGCCAUGCUAUUGGCCGCCCCCCCGCCCAUCAACAAGCUGGCCCUGUUCCCAGACAAGAGUGCCUGGUGCGAAGCCAAGAACAUCACCCAGAUUGUGGGCCACAGCGGCUGUGAGGCCAAGUCCAUCCAGAACAGGGCGUGCCUAGGACAGUGCUUCAGCUACAGCGUCCCCAACACCUUCCCGCAGUCCACAGAGUCCCUGGUGCACUGUGACUCCUGCAUGCCAGCCCAGUCCAUGUGGGAGAUUGUGACCUUGGAGUGCCCCGGCCAUGAGGUGGUGCCCCGGGUGGACAAGCUGGUGGAGAAGAUCCUGCACUGCAGCUGCCAGGCCUGCGGCAAGGAGCCCAGCCACGAGGGGCUGAGCGUCUAUGUGCAGGGCGAGGACGCGCCCGGCGCCCAGCCUGGCUCCCAGCCCCACCCGCACCCUCACCCCCACCCCGGUGGGCAGACCCCGGAGCCCGAGGAGCCUCCGGGUGCCCCCCAUGCUGAGGAAGAGGGGGCUGAGGACUGAGGCCUCCGGCUCCGCUCCCCUCCCAGCCCCCUGUGGGAUGCCGGGUCUCAGCCUCCGGGGAAGAGGGAGCGGAGAGGCGGAAGCCCCCAGCUUUGGCACUGGACGGACUUGGAUUCAGACUUGGACUUGGAAUGCUGCCCGUUGCCAUGGAGACCUGAAGGGGCGGGGCUGGAGCCAUGCUGCACAAUUUAAUAUAUUCAAGUGUCAGGGGCAGAAGCAGAGGUCUGCGGGGCUCUUUUUGGAAAGUGUUGGGGGGGGGUCUUCCUUUCUGCCUUCUAGUGAUGUGCCCUUGGGAGGGGGAGGAAUUUAGCUAAGCUGCUGAGGAGGGGGUCAGGCCCUCCGAGAUAGCAGGCCCAGGCCCAGGUCCUCAAAGCCCCUGGUGGGGCAGGAUCCCCCGGGGUGGGCGCAUGUUGCAGCCAGAGCCCUGGGCUGAGCGUGGGGGAGGGGCGGCUGGGCCAGGGAGAUGGCUGGCAGAAGCCGGAAGCUCCAGCCCCGAAGGUUUCCCCAGAGGCCUCCCCUGCACCCCCAUCCCCAGGAAAGCAGCUCUCCCAGGGCCGGAAGUGGCUCCCUCAAUGGAGUGGUUUGGGAGUCAGGCCAGGGCAGGCCCCUCCUGACUCGGGGCCCCAGAGCCAGCAGCCAGGCUCUCUGGGCCUGGCAUGGGCUUCCUUGGGUGCCUGGGUGUGGGGAGAAGCGGGGGUCAAAGGAAGAAUCUUCCCGGGCCAGGGGGAGGGCAAGCCCCAGGCCACCCCUGAAGAAGACCAUCCCUCCCUCCUCUCCCCCAAGUUCUAGGCCCUUCACAAAGCUGAUGGGAACCAGCCCUUCCGUCUGGGGGAAGGUCCUUCUAACUUUCUGGAUGUCCCUCCCCCAGAGGCUUAGAGGAGGCCCUGAGUGGACACUGUGGCACCUCUGGGAAACCAGGACGAGGAGGCCUGUGGGCAGCCGGCCGGCCUCACCCUCCAGCUCCCGUCCCGCCCCCCCCCCCCCCAGCUGCACUUUAACCCUAGAGGGGUGUGGGACCAAGGGGCGCAGGGGGGUGGAGAAGACCCUCCCAGGCCCCCGAACUGCCUGUGCUGCUCUUGUGUCCGGGCCGCUGCCUGCCCUCGACCCCUGCCUGGGUGCCUGCUCCAUGGCUGUCCCUGUCCUGACGAGAGCUUCCAGAGCUUGUAACCAGUAGUGGUCUCCCUACGGACCCCGACUUAUGAAUAAACGCCUUCCAGCCUGC